AUGGUGCCAAGUGCCCUGACCACCCGAUGGUGGGAUGUCUGGACCACUUUGACGGCAAUUGUACUUUUGUCUAGCUUUUGGGUACCGCCUGCAAAUGCUGCUACCCCAACUACGAAUCUGAAGCCUCGAGCUCCUAUUGCUGGUGGUUAUGAUCUGAGAGUUCUUCCCAUAGGAGAUUCCAUAACCUGGGGUGCUGAGAGUUCAGACGAGAAUGGCUACCGCAAGAAGCUCUUUGACAAGCUCGCUGCACGAGGCAACAAUGUUGACUUUGUCGGCGGCAUGAGCACGGGCACAAUGGCCGACAAGAACCACGAAGGCCAUCGAGGCUACGUGAUCGAUGAGAUCCGCCAAGCCAGUGGUGUCGGCAUUCACGCGGGUGCCAACAUCGUUCUACUUCAUGCCGGAACCAACGACAUGAAGAACGACAUCAAUCCCGCCCUCGCGCCAUCACGUCUCAAGAAGUUGAUUGAUGAGAUUUACGAGUUUUCUCCUGAUGCUGUCAUUCUCUUGUGUAACCUCAUCCCGGCAGGCCCUGAUAGGUACCCUGCCACAGUCCCACGCAUUAACGAAUUCAACGAAGCUAUCCCCGUCAUAGUAGCCGAGUACAUCCUCCGUGGAAAGAAGAUGCGCCCGGUUGGGAUGAACCAUGGAAUUACUGUCAACGACUUGGCUGAUGGUCUUCAUCCUAACGAUGGUGGGUAUGCGAAAAUGGCUGACCUGUUCUAUUCCGGCAUCGAAUAUGCGGACGACCGAGGUUGGAUCUCCCCACCGGGCAAGAAGACGCCUGUUCCGGAUUCUACCAGUCCUGAGAACUGCAAGUCGACGCCGUCUUGGUACAACGUUGGUAUGAUUGCCACCGGCGCAAAGGUUGCUGACUCUGAUGGCCCCUUUGUGCCCGCUUGGAACAAGAGAGGCGUCGUUGCUGAGGGCAAUUGCCCUCGUGCUCGACUUCACUUCAUGGACCUCGACGGUGAUGGUCUGAAGGAUUACGCCUGUGUUGAUCCCAAGACAGGAGCAGUCAAGGUGAAUAUCAACAUUCCUGACGCUGAUGGCAAAACAUCUGGAAACUGGAAAGUACCCAGAACUGUUGUCAACCCAACCGAGCCCCGAGAUGGAUGGGGCGUCAUGUUUGCCGAUCUGAAUGGCGAUGGCCGAGACGACUACAUCUGGGUUGACCCUGACACGGGAGACGUUCACGGUUGGAUCAACCGUCUUGAGAAAGAUGGCGUCUGGCAGUGGCAGAGUCUUGGCCGUAUUGCUGGGGGUGUUGGUGCAACUAACGAGACACUUCAGAUGGUCGAUAUUGACGGUGAUGGAAGAGAUGACUUUCUUAUCGUUAGCAGAAAGACCGGAGAAGUUACGGCCUGGCUUAACACUGGUGGCGGGUCCAUGCCUGACUAUCACAAGAUCGGCGUCAUUGCUACCGGAGCGUCUCAGUCAGACGGAGAUGUCGUCAUCCUCGGAGACUUGACAGGUGAAGGCAGAGCUGACUACAUGAUGGUCGGCGUCGGUGGUAAAGUCAAUGGGCUCAUCAACCGGAGACAAGAAACGAGUCUGGUGCCCCAAUGGUCACAGAUGUUCAACGUUGCUGCUGGGCCGGAUGGUGCCAAGUCGAAUCAAGUCCGUCUGGUUGACAUGACGGGUGACGGCAAGGUUGACUACCUGCUUGUCGAUGAGAAGACUGGCGAAGUCACGCUGUGGGAGAACCUUGGAACUGGUGGAAAGUGGCAGCCAGGUGAUGGCGUAUUUCUCUGCGAUUUGGAUGGCGACAACACUAGCGACUACUUCUGGAUCGAUCACACGGGCAAGGGUUAUGGCUACCUCAACGUAGGAAAAGGCGAGAACAAGUGGACCGACCUCGGAAUGAUCGCCAAGGGAGAUCAUCCCAGAGAGCAGAUACACAUGGCUGUUCUCACCACGAGUGGUCGAGCUGACUAUGUCGUUGUUGACCCAAAAACUGGAAGAGCUGACUGGUUUGAGAAUCUUGGUCCUGACGGCGGCUGGGGUUGGAACGCUCGUGGAGAGUUUGCUGCGGGACCCAAAGAUACCGUUGAGAACCGGUUUGGGUUCAACUUUAAGGGGAAGAAUGUUCGUUUUGCCGAUUUGAACAGCGACGGUCUUGAUGACUACCUCUAUAUCAGUGACACAGGAGCUGUCAUUAUGUGGCCGCACAAGGGCACUAAUCCUCCAUCAUGGGGUGACCCGAAACUAGUUGCUGAUGGACCCGUUGGCGUCAGCGCACAGAAUGUUCAGUUCGCCGACACCAAUGGUGACGGCAAACUUGACUAUGUCGUUGUUGGUACUACUACAGGCAUGACGAGAACAUGGCAUCACCUUGGAUUCAACUCAGAUGGUUCUAUCCGAUGGAACACACCUCUCCCUUUCGCUGACGGUGUUGGGUCUAUUGGAUCUGCUAUCAGAAUCACAGAGGCAAGUCACUCUUUAUUUACUAUUAUGACUGGUGACAAGCGCGCCGAUUAUGUCUCCAUCAACCCUGACAACGGUCGACUCAAUCUCUGGCACAACCGUUGCUGGCCCAACGGCUCAGGUGGUGAUGGAGAUGAUGGCGGUUCUGGGGGUGGCGACGACGGUAGUGGAGGCGGCAGCGGAGAUGGUGAUGGCGUUGUCUACAUUGACCCGACCAUUUGGGAGUCUAGUGAGCCUACCGCAAGUUGCCGUCCUCCUUGCACACUUGUUCUUCCACCUUGGCCGCUCUCUUCCAAGACCACCAUCAGCUUCCCUGUUAUCACCGAAACUAUCAAGGAAACCUGGCCUGAAACUACUGAUGGUGUCACAACCUAUCGCACAACCACCAUCACGGUCCGGAUCACACUGCCGCCUAUCACCACUACACAGAUCGAGGUUUCCAACAUUAUUGUCAGCAAAUCUACCACAACGAUUGUGCCUGUGCGGACCAGCAUCAUUCCGCCUCCAGUCACUCUGACUGAGCCCACCCACCACAUCACUUACACCUACAGCCCGGGGCCUUACCCAACUACCACCGAAGUUGGACCUCCACCUGGUGAUAACUCCGGUGACAUUCAUGUCAUCGGUGGUGGUAGUGGCCCUGGACCUGUCUGCAAAUCUGGCUGUGGUCACCUUUGCCUCUUUGGCUGUGGCUCAAGCGGAGGUGGAGGUGGAAGCGGUGGUGGCACACCUGGGUGCAUCGGUCUGGGAUGCCCUCCAGGAUCCAACAACUGCGUCGGUGUUGGAUGUGGCAGUAGUGGUGGCGGUGAAGAUGGCAACGACGACGACGACGAUGAUGAUGACGACGAUGAUGAUGACGACGAUGACUGUGCCACCGAAACUAAUACCGAGUGUCAUCAAGUUUGCACGACAAGUCCCUGCAAGACUGUUUGCAACACUUACAUCGGCUGUGACUGCACAACCUCCAAGGUUACAGACUAUUGGGUGUCUUGCAAAUCUCAGUCAUGCACUACCACCGCUACCGAAAUCAUCACUGGCUGCUUCCUCACUGCAACUGCUACAACUACCGGCUCAUACUGCCCCCUGAUCACCGUUGACCCGGAAAAGGAUGAGACCGGCGAUGACAAUGGCAGCAAGAUAGGAACAGCCUACAAGACGACUUUCUCCCCUACUGCCAUUAUCAAGUCAACUCAGUACCGCGUCAAGAGUGGAUACGUGACGGUUUCCAAGACCGCCUAUCCGGUUCCAUCUGCCACGACAGUUAUCAAGACCAAGAUUGACGGGACAUCGGCUACUAUUCUCCCUUCUUUCGUCGGAAGUGCUAUCUCGAUCACGGUUUCAAACAUCCACAUUUCCACCACGGAUGAGCCCAAGGCUACAACCACCAUUGAACCCUCCAAGACGGCAGAUGAAACAUCAUACCCCACUCAUACGACCCCUACAGGCGACGGCUACUGCUACUCCGGGAAGUCUGGCUUCCUCAAGUUCACACAGAGUCAAGCUCAGCAAGUGAUUGGAUCAUUCUGUUCCUCGAGCUACGUCCUUGAUCCUGGUAACACGGUCGGUCAAGCUGACGCCCUCGAGGAGGACGGUUACAACGUCGUGGUGUCGGCAAAGUGGGCAACUGACCAGACAGGAUGCGGAACGAAGGAGGCUUUCCACUUUGCCGAUGACCAAUCAAACUUUGAAUCCUGUCUUAGAGCCUGGAAUAUCCCUUUCUUCUGCACAGACCCAGAUGCAACAUCCAGUUUUGGUGGAGCAUACGUCUUUGAUCCUCCUAUAACUGGGGGCUGUCUUCUGCUGCGGUUGUAUGCAUACAGCACGUCUUCUCUCAAGGCCAGGGCAGGCCUCGAGGGUGCUCUGGCACCAGCUGUAAUGAACAUUACACACAUGGGAGAUGUGAAACACCGUGUGAACAAGCCGAAUGCUCCUCUUGUGUGGCCUACGUCCAAGAGCGAGGAUGGGCCCAGCUUAUUUAGUGCGGAGGAGGUGAAGAAACUUGCAAAGGAUACGACAAAGGAAACAUGA